AUGGAAGACCAAGAUUCAGAUCCCAGCAGAAACAGAAUUGCUGGGUCAUUUGUUCCCAUCUGCCUAAUCUUUGGUGGGGCAUUGAGAGAACCCGAGUUGCUGUCUGGUAAUGAUGUUCUGUGGACAUUUGUCAACUUUGCCGGGGAGGAUCACACUAACUUUCAAACACUUGUAGCAUUUUUGAGAAUGCUGAGUACCUUGGCUUCUAGUGCUGAGGGUGCUUCCAAAGUUUUUGAGUUACUUCAGGGAAAAACAUUCCGUUCUAUCGGAUGGAGCACUUUAUUUGAUUGUUUAUCAAUUUAUGAGGAAAAGUUCAAACAAGCUGUGCAAAGUCCUGGCACAGUUUUGCCAGAGAUACAGGAAGGAGAUGCCAAAGCACUUGUUGCUUACUUGAAUGUUCUGCAAAAGGUUGUUGAAAAUGCGAAUCCCGUAGAAAGGAAGAAUUGGUUCCCUGAUAUUGAGCCGUUGUUCAAGCUGCUUGGUUAUGAAAAUGUCCCUCCCUAUCUUAAGGGUGCGCUAAGAAAUGCGAUAGCUACUUUUGUUCAAGUAUCACCAGUUAUGAAAGAUACAACUUGGAGGUAUUUAGAGCAAUAUGAUCUACCUGUAGUUGUUGGGAAUACAACACAACCCUUGACAACACAGGUUUAUGAUAUGCGAUUUGAGCUGAAUGAAAUUGAAGCUAGGAGGGAGCAAUACCCUUCAACUAUAUCAUUCAUUAAUUUGUUGAAUACACUUAUUGCUGCUGAAAAGGAUGUUAGUGAUAGAGGGCAUAGAUUCAUUGGCAUCUUUAAAUUCAUUUAUGAUCAUGUCUUUGGGCCAUUCCCACAGAGAGCUUAUGCUGAUCCGUGUGAGAAGUGGCAACUUGUCAUAGCUUGCCUCAAACAUUUCCACAUGAUGCUGAGCAUGUAUAGUAUCAGAGAUGAGGAUAUUGACAGCGUCGUGGACCAAUAUCAGCUAUCAGAAGCAGGGCAAUCUACUCCGCUGCAGAUGCAGCUGCCUUUAAUAGAAUUGAUGAAAGAUUUUAUGAGUGGUAAAACUGUGUUUCGGAAUAUCAUGAGUAUUCUUUCACCAGGAGUCAAUUAUCUAAUCGGUGAACGAACAAGUCAAAUUUACGGGCAACUUCUUGAAAAAGCUGUCCUGCUUUCUUUGGAAAUUAUAAAUCUCGUAUUGGAGAAAGAUUUAGCUGUGUCUGAUUUUUGGCGUCCUUUGUAUCAACCUCUGGAUGUCAUUCUCUCACAAGAUCAGAACCAAGUUGUGGCUUUAUUGGAGUAUGUCAGAUAUGAUUUGCAGCCCCAUGUUCAACAGUCCUCUAUCAAAAUAAUGAACAUCCUUAGUUCUCGCAUGGUUGGGCUUGUUCAGUUGCUCAUAAAAUCCAAUGCUGCAGGGAGCUUGAUUGAGGAUUAUGCUGCCUGCUUAGAGCUGCGAUCUGAAGAAUGUCAAAUUAUUGAGGACUCCCGUGAAGAUUCAGGCGUUCUCAUACUGCAACUACUUAUUGAUAAUAUUAGUCGGCCUGCCCCGAAUAUCGCACAUCUAUUACUCAAAUUUGAUGUCAAUAGCCCUGUGGAGAGGACCAUGCUUCAGCCAAAAUUUCACUAUAGUUGUUUGAAGGUCAUUCUUGAUGUGUUGGAAAAUCUUUUGAAGCCUGAUGUCAAUGCUUUUCUCCAUGAAUUUGCGUUUCAGCUUCUUUAUGAGUUAUGUACAGAUCCCCUGACUUGUGGUCCUAUGAUGGAUUUGUUAAGCACCAAAAAGUAUUGGUUCUUUGUGAAGCAUCUGGAUAUAAUUGGUAUUGCUCCACUACCCAAAAGGAAUAGUAGUCAGGCACUUCGCGUCAGUUCCCUUCAUCAGAGGGCAUGGCUGUUAAAGCUGCUAACAGUAGAAUUACAUGCGGCUGAUAUGUCUAGUUCCACCCAUCGAGAAGCUUGUCAAAGUAUCUUAUCUCAAUUAUUUGGGGACGGAAUUUUUGAAUAUGAUGCUGAUCUUGGUGUAUCUUCUCCCAAUCAUCAAAGCAGUCCUGCAAUGAAUGGAGCCAGAAUGAUUAGUAAGGCUAAGGUAUUGGAGUUGCUUGAAGUUGUCCAGUUUAAAUCUCCUGAUACUUUGUUGAAAUCUUCACAAGCUGUUUCGAGCGCGAAAUAUGGGUUUCUGGCUGAAGAUAUACUCACCAAUCCUGCAACUUGUGAAAAAGGUGGUGUUUACUAUUACUCAGAGCGUGGAGACCGUUUAAUUGAUCUAGCUGCAUUUCGUGACAAAUUAUGGCAGAAGUAUAGCUUGUUUGAUCCCCAGAAUAGCUCCUUUAAUAGUGAAGUUGAGCUUAAUGAAAUUCGAGAUGCAAUUCAACAGCUGUUACGAUGGGGUUGGAGAUACAACAAAAAUCUUGAAGAACAAGCAGCUCAGCUUCAUAUGUUAACUGGCUGGUCUCAAAUUGUUGAGGUCUCGGCCUCCAGAAAAAUAUCCUCUCUUCCCAACCGUUCUGAAAUAUUAUUUCAGUUGCUAGAUGCCUCUCUCAGUGCUUCUGGUUCUCCUGACUGUUCAUUGAAGAUGGCACUGAUAUUGACACAGGUUGGUCUCACAUGCAUGGCCAAGCUACGUGAUGAAAGGUUCUUAUGCCCUAGUGGUUUAAACAAUGAUACUGUCACUUGUCUUGACAUCAUGAUGACAAAACAAUUAUCUAAUGGAGCAUGCCACUCUAUUCUAUUCAAGCUUAUACUGGCAAUUCUUAGAAACGAAUCAUCAGAAGCAUUGAGGAGGCGCCAAUACGCUUUGCUCCUUAGCUAUAUCCAGUACUGUCAGCAUAUGCUUGAUCCUGAUCUUCCAACCACAGUUCUGCAAUUAUUGACAAUGGAUGAACAGGAAAAUGGAGAUCUGGAUCUGGAAAAGAUUGUCAAAGAUCAGACUGAAAUGGCACGUGCAAAUUUUUCAAUAAUAAGGAAGGAAGCUCAAUCACUUCUAGAUCUGAUCAUAAAAGAUGCAACCCAUGGCAGUGAAUCUGGAAAGACUAUCUCGCUCUAUGUUUUGGAUGCUUUAAUUUGCAUUGAUCAUGAAAAGUUUUUCUUGAGCCAACUGCAAAGCAGAGGCUUUUUGAGGUCUUGUCUUGUGAGCAUCAAUAACUUUUCUCAGGAUGGUGGGCUAUCUUUGGAGUCAAUGCAGCGUGUCUGCACUCUUGAAGCUGAACUUGCUCUUCUUCUGAGAAUUAGCCACAAGUAUGGGAAAUCAGGGGCCCAAGUGCUUUUUUCAAUGGGUGCAUUCGAGCACAUUUCUGCCUGUAGGGCACUGAGUAUACAAUUGAAGGGAAGCUACCAGCGCAUGGAUGGAAAGUUUGGCAGAGAAUUGUCAGUUGACGUUGAUAAACAACGAAUGAUCAUUGCUCCAAUCUUGAGAGUGGUGUUUUCACUUACUUCAUUGAUUGAUGCAUCUGAAUUUUUUGAGGUUAAAAAUAAAGUUGUCCGUGAAGUCAUUGAAUUUGUAGGAGGUCAUCAAUUACUUUUUGAUCAAAUUCUUCGAGAAGAUCUUUCUGAUGCUGAUGACUUGACAAUGGAACAAAUAAAUCUGGUGGUUGGCAUACUUACAAAGAUCUGGCCAUAUGAAGAGAGUGAUGAAUAUGGUUUUGUUCAAGGGCUUUUUGUGAUGAUGCGUUUUCUUUUCUCUCGUGAUCCAGAUUGUUUUAUUACAAACCAAUCCAUACGUUUUCUGGAGGAAAGGCGGAAGGCAGCAGUGAAUGUUUCUCGUCUUUGCUUUAGCCUGAGCUCUUAUCUCUGUUUUCUUGUAACGAAGAAGUCUUUAAGAUUGCCGGUCUCAGAUGGUCCAAUGGACUAUCGUGCUUCCGCUGCUCAGCAACAGCCAACCUUGAAUUUACUUGGUUUUCUUUUGAACUCUCUGGCUACAGCACUGGAAAGGGCUACGGAGGACAGAUAUUUACUGCUUAGCAAGAUUCAAGAUAUAAAUGAAUUAUCAAGACAGGAAGUGGAUGAAAUCAUUAACAUGUGUAUUCCCAAGGGCUGUUUUUCGUCAUCUGAAAACAUUCAGAAAAGGAGAUAUAUUGCAAUGGUGGAGAUGUGCCAGAUUAUUGGAGAUAGGAAUAAACUGAUGACACUAUUACUUUUACUGGCGGAAAACGUGAUGAAUAUUAUCCUUGUCCAUUUUCAGGACAGUUCUUUUGAAUGUGGCACCAAACCAUACGCAAAAGACGACUUGAAUUUGCUUUGUGGAAAGUUAAUCUCAGCUUUGGAGAGGCUUGAACUUCUAAGCGAGGAUAAAACGGGUCAUGACCUUAAGGUGUUCCGAAGAUUAGCUAGUUCUCUGAAAGAAAUAUCGAUUCAGAAGUCAGCUGUUUGAGUAGAAAUCUUGUUCAUUCUUUUUCUUUUCUAAAUUUUGGCAUAGGUAGGAUGAGUUUGGAAGUCGUUUAAAUGUAAUUGUAUAUCGUCUUUUAUCCAGUGUCGGUCUUGUAAUUUUUAUUAAUCCUCCAAUCAGUUGUACAUAUUGUAUGUCAUACAACUUGCUGUAAUGUGCAAUUUAGUAUUUCCCAUUUCAA